AUGAGUGUUUUAAAAUCUCAACAAUUUCUAAGUAUUAUAUUUGACCAUAAACAGCCAUCAGUAAUAGAACGCAUUGACACCGAUAAAUUGGCUAAAAUCAAAGAAAAUAGAAAAAGACUAGUUCCUAUUAUUCAGUGUAUUUUGUUGUGUGGUAGAGAAGAAAUUCCUUUACGGGGACAUCUGGAUUUUGGUAAAAUAGUGGUAGAUGAUAUAAAUUCUAGAGAAGGUAAAUUUCGUGCCAUUUCAAAAUAUCGAGCAAUAGGCGAUGAACAUUUAAAAAAUGUGUUGGAAGGUUGUGGUAAAAGGAACAAAUAUACAAGUCCUAUAAUUCAAAACCAAAUUAUUGAGGCGUGCAAUAAAAUUAUUCUGAAACAGAUUGUUGAUAAAGUAAAUUCUUCAAAAUGCUUUUCAAUCUUAGCUGACGAAACGACUGAUGUAGCUACGAAGGAACAAUUGUCAAUAAACGUGCGUUAUGUGGAUGAUGAUGAUUUGUUACACGAAGAUUUCCUUCAAUUUUUUGAAAUAAACAGUUUAACUGGAUCAAGUUUAGCUUCAUCUAUAUUGAAUGGUUUAAAUGACUGCGGUAUUGAUUUUAACCACUUGUAUGGCCAAGGCUAUGAUGAGGCCAGUAACAUGGCAGGGAAAUUCAAUGGUUUCCAAGCUUUAAUUAGAGAUACCCAUCCAAAGGCACUAUACGUUCAUUGCUCUGCACAUUCUUUCAAUUUAGCAGUAUAUACAUCAAGUGAUAUAAAAUCAGUUAGAAAUUGUUUGGGAAUCGUUGAACGACUUUAUGUAUUUUUCAACACACCAAAAAGAAAAAAUGAAUUAAUCAACGAAAUUGAAAACAGUGACUCUAUACCUAGUUCUAGCGCUAGGACACUUAAAAGGCAAUGUGCAACACGUUAG